UCGGCCUCAUCUUUUGACCCGAGUGACACGCCAUGGUUUGCGUAACGCUAUUUGCUUAAAGCCCCGUCAUUUCCCAUCUGUUUCCUUUUCUUUUUUGUAUUUUGUCUAUACGCACAUACAUAUUAUUCGCCACAUGGAUUCUUCAUAUUCCAUCGUCGAGUCUGACCUCGGCUUAGACUCAAAGCAGCGCCAGCCAGGCGUGACAUGGACGGUCACGGGCUCUCGGGGUUCGGAUUCUGGUUCGGAUUCUGGUUCGGAUGACCGGGAAACCCAAAAUCAGCAUGAAUCGGGGACAAAGAGCAAGAUUGUCGUCGUCGGCGCGGGGCCGGUGGGAGCGCUGGCGGCCAUAUAUGCGGCUGAACGGGGCUUCGAGGUGGAAGUGUAUGAGCUACGAAAUGAUCUCCGCGACCCUUCAACAACGCCGUUGAACUUCACACGGUCCAUCAAUCUUGCUCUCUCCGAGCGUGGGAUCAACUCCCUGCGAGCCAGUGGAAGGGACGGCCUACUUGAGCGUAUCAUGGCUGACACCAUCCCCAUGCGAGGCCGUAUGAUCCACGGCCAGAAAGCUUCGGGGCGCCUCUACGAAGAAUCCCAGGACUACGAUAUCCACGGCAGGACUAUCUUCGCCGUCGACCGUGGCGGGCUGAACAAGCACCUCCUCGACGAGCUGGAGUCAAUGCCCAACGUGAAGAUCUUCUUCAACCACAAGCUCGUCGGCGCAAAUUUCGCCGACAACAAAGCCUGGCUCGAGACGAGAUCCCCCGCCGGCGAAAGGCAAGAAGUCGAAAUCACCUUCGACCUCCUCAUCGGCGCCGACGGUGCCCACUCCGCCACCCGCUACCACCUCAUGAAGUACACGCGCAUGGACUACAAGCAGGAGUACAUCGACACUCUCUGGUGCGAAUUCACCAUCGCCCCCAACGCCUACCUCACCCCAACCUCCAAACACACCAUCUCCCCCAACCACCUACACAUCUGGCCCGGCAGCGACAGGAUGUUCAUCGCGAUCCCCUCCCUCGACGGCUCCUUCACCUGCACGCUCUUCCUCCCCUCCUCUGAAUUCUCCCGCCUCGCCACGGACCCCUUUACCAUCCCUUCCUUCUUCAACGCCUCCUUCCCCGGCGUCACGGCCCUCAUCCCCCCGGCCUCCCUCAUCGCUCAGUUCAACGCCAACCCCCACCUCCCCCUCAUCUCCCUCACCUGCUCCCCUUACCACUUCCGCGCCUCGGCUGUCAUCCUCGGCGACGCCGCUCACGCUAUGGUUCCUUUCUACGGCCAGGGCAUGAACGCGGGCCUCGAAGACGUGCGCGUCCUGUUCGACCUCCUCCCCCGCUCCACCAACCCGACCCCAGAAUCACUAGACCGCUACACCGCCCUCCGCACCCCCGACGCAGCAGCCAUCAGCUCCCUCGCGCUGGCGAACUACGUCGAGAUGCGCGAGGGUGUCGUGUUACCGCUGUACAAGCUGAGGAAGCGCUUGGAGGAGACGCUGAGUCAUUAUUUCCCGGCGCUGGGGUGGGCGACGCAGUAUUCGAGGGUUAGCUUUGGGAAUAUGAGGUAUAGUAAGGUUAUGGAGGCGAGUCGGCAUCAGGGGAAUGUGAUUUUGGCUGCGGGGGCGCUGGUGGUGCCGGUGAUUGGGGUGGCGGUGGCGGUGUGGAUGGCUAGGGGGGGGGUGAAGUGCUAUACGCGGGCUGUGUGGGGGAUGGUACAUGGUCGGAUUUGCAGAAGGUAGAAGUGCGAGAUGCUGAUGAGGUAUAUGCGACGCUUGGAUUGCCGACUUCUUCUUUUCUUUUUUGAAUCUUUAGUGGCGUUGCGUUUUGGCGAAAGGAAGAGGUUUCAUUUUCGAGCCAUUUAUAUUAAAUACUACUCCAUUCAUGUUGAGAUAUUAUCAUUUAAAUUACAAU